AUGUCUAUCGUACAACAGUCACACUUAUGGAGUAACUAUUUAAUAAACAAGUCAUCUCAUUUCUUAGUUAAUAUCGACGUCCUGGGUUGGUUUUCUUAUCAUCCGGGUCAUUCUUGUAAGCACAUCCGGGACUCUGGGAGCUCCAGAGGAGAUGGGGAGUACUGGAUCGACCCUGAGAAGAACGGAAACCCUUUGAAAGUCUACUGUGACAUGACAAACGCAGAGGGUAAGCGAUGGACAAUUUUCUUACUGAAUAUUUCAGGGGGCUGGCUUCUUAUCCUGAACAUUGUGAUUGACGACAGUUUAUCUCAGACUCUUAACAGUCCGGAGAUGUCUUACCGCAAAAUCGACAGUUACCGUAACCACAACAUGAUUAUUGCUAACAGCGCAAUCAAUGAGUUGAGAUCACACUUACCUUUCACUCAACUAAGAUUCCACUGUAACAAACAACACGGACGUACAAUCCACAUGACCACGGUCGCUGACAGCACUGGUGAAGCUGUGAUAAAGUACUUCACAGGUCAAACAGAGACCAUGCCUUCAAGCUGUGGGUCAUUUGUACGGAUGGAGGACGACAACUCAUACCUCACACAACUCUGUAACCUGUGGGGAAAAAACCAUGAAGGCCACUAUUUCUCCGGGACAUGGAGUCACCAAGGAAUGCGUGAAUUAUACGAUCAUCCAGCUUUCAUAGUAAAUUUAUUUCACUGGGUCACCCUUCCAGAAGAAAACAGAUGGGAAUGCGAUGACUUCUUAAAUCAGCCGUCUUCUGGAGACUUCUGGAAGGUUUACGUUCGUUGAAUACCGUAAACCUCUGCCUUAAACUUAUGAGCCUUGGGCUUGUACAACUUCGUAAGGGGUUUUUGAUGG